AUGCGAAUGCAAAGGCGAGAGUUGAACAACAGUCCCAUGUGCUUGGAAAAUGGUUCUAUUCCACGAAGCAACAUCGUACAACUAAAAUCGUCCAAUAGGCCUUUGCGAGCCCAUCACUGUGACCUCACCUUUGCAUUCACGCUAAAAAGAAAUCAUCGAUGUUAUCAGCUUACAUGGCAAGGGGCAACCCCUUCAACGCCAAAAGAGCAGCAAGAGUCGAAGAUGCCGUCUCUUAAGCUUCAGUUCAAUUACAUUUUGACAAAGAACAUUCUCUUUUCAUACAUCCAACAAUGUAGAGCUAUUUUGGAUGUCGUAUUUUAUUCUGACCACCCUCCAGUGUUUGGUUUGACAGGUCUGAAAGACGACGAAUGCAGAAAAAAGUUCCGCCAACGAGUGUCGUCCAAUAUUGCAUUACGGACCAAGGAGGGAGCCGAUGGCGUGUUCACUAAAUGCACUAAAGACGUUUCAAAUCCUUUCCCGGUUCCCGGUUCUGGCACCGAAAAAAAUUUCCUCUUGUAUUAUCGGAGGCAAAGUCCACGUACAAUUCUGUAUGCGUAG